CCUCGCAUGGGUUUUGCUUCUUCGGCCUUCGUCCCUCCUCCAUUUCUAGGGUUUGUUCCCCUCCCCUCUUUGCUCGCUUCUCCUCGCCAUGGCGCCGAGGAAACCUAGGGCUUCGAGCCGGAAUCCCGAGCUCAUACGCGGGAUCGGGAAGUACUCGCGGUCGAAGAUGUACCACAAGCGCGGGGUCUGGGCGAUCAAGGCCAAGCACGGCGGUGUCUUUCCCCGCCACGAGCCCAAGGCGGCGCCGCCCAAGCCCGCCGAGAAGCCCCCCAAAUACUACCCCGCUGACGACGUCAAGCAACCCAUCCCCAACCACCACAAGCACAAGCCCACCAAGCUCAGGGCGAGUAUUACUCCAGGGACGGUUCUCAUCCUUCUCGCCGGGAGGUUCAUGGGGAAGAGGGUCGUCUUCUUGAAGCAGCUCCCCUCGGGAUUGCUUCUCGUUACUGGACCUUUCAAGAUCAAUGGGGUGCCUCUAAGACGGGUAAAUCAAGCUUAUGUCAUUGCAACAUCCACUAAGGUUGACAUAUCUGGAGUCAGUGCGGAGAAGUUUGACGACAAGUACUUCACGAAGGAAAAGAAGAAGAAGAACAAUAAGGGGGAAAGUGAAUUUUUUGAGACCGAGAAGGAGGAAACAAAAGCACUCCCACAAGAGAAGAAGGAUGAUCAGAAGGGUGUGGAUAUUCCUUUGAUAAAAGCCAUUGAUGCUGUUCCGGACUUGAAGACCUAUCUAGGUGCCAGAUUUUCACUUAGAGCAGGCAUGAAACCCCAUGAGCUUGUCUUCUAAAAGGAGAAGAAGACAUUUAUCUUAACCCUUUUCCCGCUAAAAUUCUAUAUUUUAGAUGCAGCCGAGAUGGAUGUACUUUUAAUUUCGAAUGGCAAGAAGGAACUUCGAUUUUGUUACAGAAUUAAUCUUGUUAGUCAAGGGAAAAAUUUUAAUCAAAUAUUUGUUGUAUGGUAGAA